AUGGCCACAGCUACAUUACAAUCAGCUGUAAGACUACCUACGCCACCGCCUGGGGCUUCCUACUCCGCUGGGCCAUCAGCGCCUCGAAAACGCUCUCCGCCGUCACGAUCGCCUUCACCACACCGCCGAAAAUCUCCACCGAAGGACUUGGAUCGGCAUGUGCUCUUUUCCACGGAAGGUGGCACUCCUAAGCCCGCCAUGUCUCAACCACAGCUUGCUGAGAGAGUCCGUGAGCGAGGGGUCCCCGAACCCAGACCAAAACCUGUGACUGAGGAGGAGAAGCAGGCGGCCGCAAAAGCGGAAUACGAAAAGUUACUCACGAUGCGCUCCGGUGGCACUUAUAUACCGCCAGCAAGAUUAAGGGCCCUGCAAGCCCAAAUCACCGACAAGAACAGUAAAGAAUAUCAGCGCAUGGCUUGGGAGGCCCUCAAAAAGUCUAUAAACGGACUAAUCAACAAAGUCAACGUUUCGAACAUCAAGCACAUUGUGCCUGAAUUGUUUGGCGAGAAUCUGGUCCGUGGACGGGGACUAUUCUGCAGGAGCAUCAUGAAAGCUCAAGCCGCUAGUUUGCCGUUCACUCCGAUAUAUGCUGCCAUGGCUGCGAUUGUUAACACAAAGCUACCACAAGUUGGGGAGUUACUGUUGAAUCGCUUGAUCGUCCAGUUUCGUAAGGCUUUCAAACGGAACGACAAGGCUGUAUGUCUCUCCUCGACUACUUUCAUCGCUCAUCUGUGCAAUCAACAAGUGGCCCAUGAAAUGGUGGCCGCUCAGAUACUUCUACUGCUGCUGCAUAAGCCGACAGAUGAUAGCGUUGAGAUCGCAGUUGGACUGACACGCGAAGUUGGGCAACAUCUCGAGGAAAUGAGUGCUCCUAUCGCGCUGGCAGUAUUUGACCAGUUCCGUAGCAUUCUUCAUGAAGCAGACAUUGACAAACGAGUUCAAUACAUGAUCGAGGUGCUUUUCCAGGUUCGAAAAGACCGCUACAAGGACAACCCGGCUGUCAGAGAAGAGCUUGACCUUGUGGAGGAAGAGGAUCAAAUCACGCAUCAAAUCGGGCUCGACGACGAGAUUGAAGUACAAGACUCACUCAAUGUCUUCAAAUUUGACCCUGAGUGGGAAGAACAUGAGGACGCAUAUAGAAAAUUGAAGGCGGAGAUUCUUGGAGAAGGAAGCGACGGAGAUGACGACGAUGAAUCCGAUGAGACCACAGAUGACGAGGAGGCGGAGCAGGAACGUCAGAUGGAGAUCAAAGACCAGAGCAAUACCGAUCUGGUCAACCUUCGCCGCACCAUUUACUUGACUAUCAUGUCCAGUAUGGAUUUCGAAGAGUGCUGCCACAAGCUCAUGAAGGUCUCCCUCCCGCCCGGCCAAGAGCCAGAACUGCCCUCAAUGAUUGUGGAAUGUUGUUCGCAGGAAAAAACGUACUCGAAAUUCUUCGGGUUGGUGGGCGAACGCUUCGCCAAAUUGAAUAGAUUAUGGACUGAUCUCUUUGAACAAUCCUUCGCAAAGUACUACGACACUAUUCAUCGCUACGAAACAAACCGGCUAAGGAACAUAGCUCGCUUUUUUGGUCACCUUCUUAGCACCGACGGUAUUGGUUGGCAUGUCUUUUCCAUUGUGCACCUCAAUGAAGAUGAGACAACUUCAAGCAGUAGAAUUUUUAUCAAAAUCUUGUUUCAGGAUCUUGCUGAAGCCCUCGGGAUGCCAAAACUACAGGAGCGGCUGAAAGACGAAAUCCUUCGGCCAAGUUUUGAGGGUAUCUUCCCCAGAGACAAUCCAAGAAACACAAGGUUCUCCAUCAACUACUUCACUAGUAUUGGCAUGGGGCUUCUGACAGAGGAUAUGCGCGAGUACCUCAAGAACCUACCUAAGCCUGCUCUCCCAACAUUGCCAGCUGCAGCUCCUGCUGAUGACUCCGACUCAGAAUCUGUCAGCUCGUACUCGAGCUAUUCGUCAUACACUACCUCCCGCUCAUACUCUUCCUCUCGUUCCCGAUCACGAACGCGGGUUUUAUCUAGGGGCAGCCGUGGUAGAGUUACUCGUGACCGGGCUGGACGACGGAGCCGUAGCCGAGGCAUUUCUGAGUCUCGCUCGCCUCCUAGAAUCAGGAAGGGUAGGAGACCGCGCAGCUAUAGCUCUUCACGUUCCGUUUCCCCAGUACGGCGAAGGCCUCGUCCAGACUCUCUUGGGCACGAUCGUGGUCGGCCUCGUGAGCGCGAUUCUUCAAUGGAUUCUGUGAGCGGUCGAGGUGCUCGUCAUGCUCCGCAAAAAGAUAGAUUGGGGCAUAGAUCAGUCACUCGCUCUCCAUCGGUAUCACGUUCUCCGCCUCGUUACAGAACUGGUGCAAAGCCUCAUCGUUACGAUUCACCAACAUCACAUUCUCCUCCGCGAAAACGAUCGAAUCAGGAUAUUUCACGUUCACGGACCCCUCCUCGGUUCCGGCAGGAGAAUGGACGUGGAAGAACUUUGUCUAACUAUUACUCUCCACCACGUCAACGCCGAGGUAGGAGCAUUAAUGAUUCUCGUUCACCACCUAGGCUUAGGGACAGGCGGAAUACGUCUUCUCUGUCAUCCAGAUCUAGGUCACCGCUUCCUAACAGAGUGACUGAGAGAAAGCUCCCUAGCUCCACAAGGCGAAGAAGCCCGAGAGAUAACAGAGGUACCUACGAAAGGGGUAAUCACAAGAAUGGUGAUCUAGCAAGGGGCAAGGCACCUGCCAUCGAUGGCAGAACGAGGGCCUCUGAUUUUCUGUGA